ACAACACNUCAACAGAAAGCCUCUUUAGCCGUCUCUACAUUGACAAUUAGCCCCGAACGAGAAAAAGCCGUGGACUUUACACAGCCUUACUACAGCUUGGGAUUCAGGAUCAUCAUGAAGAAAACAGAUAUGGGGAGUAAAGUUAAUACCUGGGGAUUCUUAGAUCCUUUUGAGAAAACCUUAUGGAUUGCCAUCAUUAGUUCCUCAGUCAUCGUAGGAAUUGUGGUAUGGAUCUACGACCGCUUGAGCCCGUAUGGCUACUAUGGAAGAGUCGUCCAAUCAGCGGAAGUCACAAGUGAAGAAGCUCACGCACAGAAUACGCUGUCAUUUUUUCACUCAUUCUGGGCAGCAGCUGCCUCUUAUCUUGAGCAGGGUCCAGAUGGUUUUCAUCCAAUCUCUCAUUCUGGAAGAGCGACAACGCUCGCUUGGUGGUUCGCCAUCUCCAUAUUUGGUGCCACAUACACAGCUAACCUGGCUGCGUUCCUAACGAUCAACAAGUACGAACAUCCAAUCAAAAGCAUCGAAGAUCUGGCCAAUCAGGACAGGGUGAAAUUUGGAACCGCUCCUGGUCAGCUGGAAAAGAUGCUCAAAUCGGCUUCGCUCCCAGUCUAUGAGAAGCUCUGGGAUUUCAUCGAGCGCCAUCGAACACUGGAGCCAAAUGCGACAUAUGCGAUUGAAAAAGUGCGAAGAACGGAAAAUUACGCUUUUAUUUGGGACUCCGCUGUACUAGAAUAUGAGGUGCAGCGUGAGCCGUGCAACACACUGACUCUUAUUGAAAGGCCAUUUGGCAGCAUUAACUACGGUUUCGCUCUCCCUCGACAUUCACCUUACACUCACAACUUUAGUGUGGCCAUGCUUGAGCUGCAACAGGAAGGCUUCUUAGAGCGCAUGACGGAGAAAUGGUUCAGAAGCCGCAGCGUGUGCGGCGCCGAGACACAGGCAGCCCAGGAGGCCGCCGAGGAAGGUGGCGAUCAGCUGCACUUCAGUGACAUGGCAGGAGUAUUCAUUACGCUCGCUGUUGGCGUGGCUGUCGGGAUGGUUGUCUUGCUCUUGGAAUUGAUUUAUGCAUCGUGCAAAGACAUAAGGUCUAGAGAUGCGCAGGCGCCCAGAACUGUUUGCGCAGCACUGGGGCAGAGGUUGCAUCGAACCAAGAAAGGAUUUCACGAUCUUUACAAAGGUGACUUGCCUAACAACGACGCAAAUCACGCAGCAGAGGAAAUGUUUAUGAGCGAGCAACACGAUCAGCAGCAGCCUCCACUUCUCAGCCAGCAAGAUACUGCAGCGAUUUGAUCAGGAAGAGAGCUGGAUAUGUGAGCAAUCCCUUCGACUCGUGUGAAAAUGGCAUUGUUCUCUUUGAAAAUGGAUGAAAUACAGAACUUUUGAGUCUGCUCGUGAGAAACCUAGCUAGUUAAUUGUGGGGAUUGUAUCCCAGCAUUUUUAGAAUGUUUUUUUAACGCUUAAGAGCUAUCUGCAUGUAUUAUAGAGGUAUUCGUUUUACUUAAAGAACCGUUUGUAUUCGAGCGGUAUUAAUUAAGUUCUACUGGUGACCGCUAAGAGAGGUUUGUUUUGUUAGAGCGGCUGUUUCUGUAUAUAUAUGUUACAAAGGUGACCGUCUAUAUUAAAGAAGCUUGGCUUUAGUUAGAGAGCUGUCCGUAUUAGACAGCUUUUUCGGUGUUUUUUAGAAAGGUGACCAUUUUAAUUAGAUCUGUUUGUUUUUAGUUAGAGAUCGGUCUGUACUAAACAGUUGUUUAUGUGUAUGACCGUCUUCAUUAAAGAAGAAGUUGGUUUUAGUUAGACACCUGUCUUCCGGUUGUCCAGACGUUGUCGGUUAAGUAACCGCUUUAGAAAGCUUUAUUUUAUAGGAGAAAUAAUAUACUGAUAUAGCAGAAAUGUCUCCUGUGUCCGUUUUAGAGGAUUGUUUUAGUGAAGUACUCGCUAAAGGCAGGUUCCUACCUUUGAAAAAUUUCUGUCGUAGUGAGCAGGAGUUUGUUUCAGAUUAAGAGAGAUGUUUUAAGCGCCCGCUGCAGAGAAACCGGGAUGAUCAAAGAGUAUUCAGCCUCAAUUUGAGUCGAGUCAUUAUCCACUUUUUUUUCUAUGACAACUAGUCAUCAUCCCUGGGUUAGAAAUUUGAAAUAGAAUUAAAAUUUUAAUUACAAAUCUAAACUAUAAGGCCGGCAAAGACAUAAAUGAUCAUCGCAGUUUUGUACUCAGCUAAAGCAGCUGUGAAUUAAAUUGAAGCACGAAUAAAAUUCAGGCCUGAACGGGAUUCGAACCCAUGACCUCUGCGAUACCCGUGCAAUGCUCUAGCAACUGAGCUAUCAAGCCAACUGGGAGCUGGAGAUAACUGUGACAGUCUUUCGUGGCUU